UCUUUUAACAUAUUUUGCAUCAUUGAGAUUGCGUGUUGAUAGAUAAGAUAGAUGGGGUCUGAAGGUCCUGCUCCUGUAGUAGCAGUCCACGUGACCGGAUUUAAGAAAUUUCAUGGGGUUGCAGAAAAUCCUACUGAGACAAUUGUGAAUAAUCUGCAAUCAUACAUGAACAAAAGGGGUCUGCCAAAAGGGUUGAUCCUUGGCACUUGUACAGUUCUUGAAACUGCAGGACAAGGAGCUAUCGUUCCCUUAUAUCAAACUUUGCAAUCUUCUUUGAGUAAGGAUGCCAAUGUUCCGAAUUCCAACAGAGUUAUUUGGGUUCAUUUUGGGGUUAAUAGUGGAGCAACAAGAUUUGCUAUAGAGCAACAAGCUGUCAAUGAAGCUACAUUCCGUUGUGCUGAUGAGAUGGGAUGGAAGCCCCAGAGAGUUCCCAUUGUUCCAGCAGAUGGUGGAUCUCGCGAUUUCGUGAGAUUGGCUUACAGCAAGAGAGGGAUGUAUCAUAGAGAAAUUAGAAUUGCAUUGUUGGGAGUUAACAAAUCAUUGGCGAAGAUGGGAUAUGAGGUGACAGCAUCAGAUGAUGCUGGUCGAUUUGUUUGCAACUAUGUAUACUACCACUCGUUGCGGUUUGCAGAGCAAAAUGGGAUAAAAUCAGUGUUUGUCCAUGUUCCUCUCUUCUUGACAAUAGAUGAAGAGACUCAAAUGCAGUUUGCUGCUACUCUGUUGGAAAUACUUGCCUCCAUAUAUUAGAGCCCUUCAACUCAUCAUCGUCUUCUUUUAAAUCUCUCAAUAAGGUUUGGGAGGUUGUUAUGACUCACCUUUGAUUUGUGUUGUGUAUGCCAAGAAGAUGGGACCUAUCUAUUCACUGCAUUGCUUUUAUAAUUUUAUAAAUAAAUAUUUGAGUGAA